AUGAAUACGAAUUUUAGUGAACAAUUUAUUAAUAGUAAAAUAUUAGCUUGUUAUUUUAAAGUUUUGUGUAAAAAUUUUUUACCACCCAGCAAAACAAUAAGUACUUCACUUAAUUUCAAGAGAGCGAAAUCAAAUUUUAAAGUUAAAAGACUUAUAGGAGAAAAUAAAUGUGAUAAAGAAAGUUUUAAAAUAGAUGUAUUAGCGGGUAAUCAAUUGGAAAUACUUCAUUUGGAAACUAUAUGGUAUUUGGAAAUUUACGGUAUAAUUUCAAUUCAUGAUUUUCUUAAACAUCAAGAAAAAGAAAAGGAUGAUGAAGUUAUUCAACAUAUUUGUUCAAAAUUAUUGUCUUCAAUAAUUAUUUCUCAAUCGAAUCAAUCAGUUCUUAAAAAAAAAUUAAUUAUGGAUUAUAUUCAUUCAAUAUUCUUUCAUUCGAAAAAUGUAAAGGAUGAUGAAAAAGAAUGGAAAUAUUCUUUUUACAAUUCGAUUACACAAUUAAUCAUUUCAAAUCUUAAAAUACAAUAUAAUAUGAUAUUGGAAGAUCAUAUAUUUACAAACAAUAACUUAAAUUUUGUCUAUUUGAUGGAGAUUUUAAAAGAAGCCGAAUUAAAUUCUGAUCAAAUUAAUUUGUUUCUUCAAAAUGUUUUAGAACAAAUAUUGUUGGGCUCACCUCAAGUAAUGAAAAAUGUUUUCGAGGUGCAAGAGUUUAGAAAAUCAAAAUUUAAAAAUGAUGAAAUCAAUGAAAUAUUUUCAGCGAUAAUUUCAAAUGUUGAAAUUGAUAACAUAUUUAUCCAAUUAAAAUAUUUUCUAAUAAAAAAUCCUUCGAUAAUUAACUGGAACAAUGUUCUUCCUUUAAUUACAUGUCUGGGAACAUCAUGUAAAGAAGGAUGGAGGGAAAUUAAAACAAUUUGCAACUUUCUUAUUUAUGAAUCGUUUAAAAUAAUGGAUAAUAAGUUGCUUUCAUUUGCUUUUUUAAUAAGUAGGCAGUGUUGUUUUGAAAAACCUAAAAAUUAUUUCUCUAGUUAUUCUCAAUGGUUUAAAUCAUCAUUUUCUAACGAAUCAUCAAGUCCUAUAGAUUCUAAUGAAAAAUGUAUUUUUUUUUUCAAUUUUUUAAAUGAUUUAUUGCCGAAUGAUUCUGUUAAUUAUUCAAAAGUUCAUUUGAAUAGAGUGCCAUGGGUACCGAGUGAUUGUAAAGAAAUACUUUUAGAGUAUUUGUCAACAGUUGAGUCUCAUUUAAAUAAUUUAAAUGUAUCAACUGAAUUAGGAUUUUGUGAUAAUGUCACAGACAAAAGUGCUGCAGUUUUCGAUGUAGAAAAUGUUAUCGAGUAUUUUAUUAAAACGAAUACAAUUUUAAAGUCAGUUUUUGAAACUUCUAUGUUUAGAAAAAAUUAUUUCGAACAGAAAUUUUUAGUCGAGUUAUUGUCAAAAUAUGAAGGGAAAACUUCUGCAAGGCACAAAAGAUAUUUUGGAGACCUGUUUCUGUUGUGCUGCGAUACAGAAAAUACUGGGAAGGUACCUUUAUUUAAAGCAACAGAAUUAUUUCUUACUUCAAAGGUGCCAUCGGAUGUAAUAAAAGAGAUCACUGAAAUUUGUUCUGGUGGAAAACCUGGUUAUUUUGGUCGUAAGCAAUUUUACACCGCAUUAAAAUUAAUAGCAGCUUCUCAAGCUGGCAUUUCUCUUCAUCAUCCCGAUUUGUUUAACGCCAUAGAUGAUUUACCUUUGCCAAAAUUUUUGUGGUCAAAUUAUGAUAUUAAAACGAAUAAGUCAAAUCCUGAUAGUCCUGAUUUAAUUCAGUUAGCUGAUUCAAAUGCAAUAAAAUAUAUUAGCAAUGAGAGACUAAAUAGUAGUGAGGAAGAGGGAGAAUUAGAUGAAGAAAAUAAUAAAAACAACAAAUCUCCUCAUGCCAGAAGACUUUCUGUCGAAGCAUCAAGUACUGCUAGUGAUUCUCCUACUCCGACCAAUAGUGUUCAAGAAAAAAGUUGGGCUACAUCAGAAACAUGGUUGGGUAUAGUUUCAGAAGAGCAAAGACAAUUAUUGGGAACGGAAGAAGAAUCUUCUGAUAAACAUAGUAGUGACGAUGAAGCAGACAAAGAACUUUGGACAAUAACCAAUGAGCAAAAAGAGUAUUAUACAGCACAAUUUCGUUCUUUACAACCUGAUCCCUCUGGACUGUUAGCAGGGUCUACUGCCAGAUUAUUUUUUGAAAAGUCCAGACUUCCAGUUCACGAACUUAGAAAAAUAUGGCAGUUAUCGGAUGUUACUAAAGAUGGAGCAUUAACAUUAGAAGAAUUUAAUGUUGCUAUGCAUUUGGUAGUUUUAAGACGAAACAAUAUUCCACUUCCCAAUACACUCCCCCCUUCAUUGAUUCCUGCCAAUUCUUCUUCGAUUGUUGUUCAACCUCCUCAACCUCCUCCUCGUGAAGAAAAUUCACCUGGUCAAUCUUCAGUAUCAUCGGAAUCUCAUGGAAACAAACAGUGGACAAAGUUUGUCGACUCUCCCACGAGUUCAAUAUCAUCUCCCGGACCAAAACCAGUAAAUUUUGAUUUUCACAAGUCGGCCGUCGAGCAAGAUCCUAAAAUAUUUCAUCCAGUGCCUGUUCGAGUUACCCCCGAAGCUGCUGCGAACUUUAUCGGCGGUGAAAACGAUUGUUGCAAAUCUCCCAGGAGGUUGGAAUAUGAGAAUACGGUUGUUAACGAUUGUAAUUUUUACGGUACGAAAAAAAAUUCUGGAAGUAACGUGUCACAAGAUAAUUCUGAGAUUAGACCCAUCCAAAGGCCGCAACCUAGAAAACCAGCAGCUCCGGGACCUGGAGCCAUUCCUCCACCGCCUCAGCAGCAAAUAGAAGACGGACAUUCGGGACCCACCAGUUUGCCAAUGUGUAUAAAUAAUCACGGAGGUCCUAAAAAAGAACCGCCUCCUCCACCUCCGCCACGUCCUUAUAGAACGCACACUAGAAGUUCAUCACUAGAUUUAAAUAAACUUGGAAAAUCGAUUAUAUUAAAUGCUCCUCCAGCAGUUCCCCCCAGAACGUCUCCAUCAUCCACAUCGCCAAAAAAAUUAAUAGAUCAACGUAGCGAAGACGACGUGAUCACAUUGAUUGAACAAAAUAUACCAUUUGCGGAUUUUUCAAAGUUUUCCGGGAGCGGAGACAAGGAAGUAGACGACGAAGAAUUACAUAACGCCGAAGAGUUACCAAGAAUGCACGGUGCUUUUCAAAUUUACAGAAAACAGACGAGUAAGUAG